AUGUGUGGUAUUCCAUCUCUUUCAAGGAGAAUGGACAGUUUCUCACUGUGUUGUUACGCUUCUCUUCACCUUGAGAAAGUGAGCUGUGAGUAUCCAAAACUGGAGGGUAACGCCUUGUCGAGUUGCAAUCGCAUGAUCGCUGCCUCUGGUCCUCGAAGGAGUAUCUGGUUUCUGGGUAUCCUGGCUGUUGUUGGUAACCUGGCAGUGAUAGCAUGGCGUCUCAUCAGGCGUGACGACCAUCCAGUUCAAACCUGCCUUCUGACCAAUCUGGCUGUGGCUGAUUUCCUUAUGGGAGUGUAUCUCAUGAUAAUAGCUAUUAAGGACCAGAUAUGGGCAGGUAUUUACAUAUCAUGUACAUAUUAUGCAGUAUUUUUAAGUACAGAUGAUAGAGAAGUAGACAAAUGGACCUCGCAGGUGAGCUGCAAUUGAAAAAAACGCCGAAAAAUAUCCUGAAAAUAUUUUCGAACAGUUAUAGAUUGUGCUUUAGAAUCACAAGCUAUGUUUUGAAAGUAGUACAUUUUUGUAAAUGCUUGACGAUGGUGGCGAUAAAGCUUUAUAGCAUCGGGUUCACCUUUAAAUUGCGUCUUAAAGACGUGGAAGAUGCUUGUAAAUUCAUUAAAUUUUGAAAAUAAUCAGCAACAUUCAGUUUCUCUAAAGUUGAAUAACUGUGGAACAAAAAACUCCUUCGUAAAAAGUGCCAAAGUUAAUGUUAGGAAUUCUCCCGCUAACAAAUUAAUCAAACACUUUAAGGAUUUCAUUCGUAGAUUUUAAAUUGAACUUUUCGACCUUUACUUUAAUUUUGUAACUCAAACGAAAAGAAGCACAAAUAUCCUUUCAUUUUAGGUACUUACUUCAGCUUCGAUCUGAUAUGGCGGUCAGGAGUCCUCUGUAAAGUGGCCGGCGCCCUUUCGGUACUUUCAAGUGAGGUCUCGGUACUCAUGCUCACUGUGAUAACCGCUGACCGUCUGCUAAGUAUUGUUUUUGCCUUCAGAUGCUCACGUCUGACAUUAAGAGGAACUUACAUUAUUUGUGCCGUGGUGUGGCUCUGCGGAACUGCAAUUGCCGUGGUACCGGCUUUUGAUACUCCCUACUUUUUCAACGUGGACAGAAGAUAUGGGUUCUAUGGUAAAAAUUGUUGUGCUCUUAGUUACCUUAAAGUUAUCAUUUCAUUAAGUUUAAAACCAUGGGGCAUUCCAUAAGUUUACGCCUACAUCUCCCUGUGUGAAACCACAGCGUUUUCGUGUCUGUUAUAUCAUGUCAAUGAAGCUAUCUAAGGGCGAAACAACUUCUGUUUUGAGAGGCUUCCUUCACUUGGUAGAAAAGAUCUGUUGUCAACAUAAUGGUGGCUUAGCGCACCUUCUGUGCCUGAACAAACCACAUCAUCCUAUAUCAUGAUGCAGUCACAUCCCCAAAGUAAACAAUGCUUACUUCAUGGACAACGGUAUGAUACUUGUAUUGGUUAUAAUUCUCUUCUCCCUUAAAGACUGGCUAUGUAUAAAUAAUAAUGAAAAACUGUGUUAAAUUCUGGGGCUAAAGUGUACGAAAAAAGGAGUUGGUGUUCACUCUAAAGGAUGUCCCUCCCUUUCCAAGGUCGUUCCUCGGUAUGUCUACCUCUUCAGUUGUCUUCAGAAAGACUGGCAGGCUGGGAAUAUUCUGUUGGCCUUUUUAUUGGUUUGAAUCUCGCAGCUUUCCUCUUCAUCAUGUUGGCGUACAUAUCUAUUAUCGUGAAAGUGUCCAAGUCACAGAGGAGAGUCAAGGCUCACGGUGAAGCUGAAGUGAGCUCGAACAGCAUCAAAAGAGAGUCCGCGUUGGCAAGGAGGGUUUUCGCAAUCAUCUUAACAGACUUUAGCUGCUGGAUUCCUGUAAUAAUUCUGAGUAUUCUUGCUCUAACGGGCAAAUUUCACGAUGAACAAGGUGUGGCGUAUGUAUGGUUUGCCGUCUUUGUUCUGCCGGUAAAUUCCUCUGUGAAUCCUGUACUCUACACUUUCUCGACUCCAAAGGUGAGGAUGAUAUUUACCACUUUUCGCUUUUCAGUGGUAUUUUUUUUC